GCAACCGCAGAGGAGGAGAAGCUGCGCAGAAGGGGAAGCGGCGGCGGCGGCGGCGGCGGCGUGUAGGCUGCGCAGAGAGAGAGAGAGAGAGAGAGGCCGGCAGGGAGGGAGCGUAAGCUUUUUGGCAGUGGUGGUUCUGGAAUGCAGCAGCAACACCUGAUGCAGAUGAACCAGAACAUGAUGGGGGGCUACACCUCUCCUGCCGCCGUGACCACCGAUCUCAUCCAGCAGUACCUGGACGAGAACAAGCAGCUGAUCCUGGCCAUCCUCGACAACCAGAACAAUGGCAAGGCGGAGGAGUGCGAACGGCACCAAGCUAAGCUCCAGCACAACCUCAUGUACCUGGCCGCCAUCGCUGACAGCCAGCCGCCACAGACCGCGCCACUAUCACAGUACCCGUCCAACCUGAUGAUGCAGCCGGGCCCUCGGUACAUGCCACCGCAGUCCGGGCAGAUGAUGAACCCGCAGUCGCUGAUGGCGGCGCGGUCCUCCAUGAUGUACGCGCACCCGUCCCUGUCGCCACUCCAGCAGCAGCAGGCGGCGCACGGACAGCUGGGUAUGGCUCCAGGGGGCGGCGGUGGCGGCACGACCAGCGGGUUCAGCAUCCUCCACGGCGAGGCCAGCAUGGGCGGUGGUGGUGCUGGCGCAGGCGCCGGCAACAACAUGAUGAACGCCGGCAUGUUCUCGGGCUUUGGCCGCAGCGGCAGUGGCGCCAAGGAAGGGUCGACCUCUCUGUCGGUUGACGUCCGGGGUGGAACCAGCUCCGGCGCGCAGAGCGGGGACGGCGAGUACCUCAAAGUCGGCACCGAGGAAGAAGGCAGUUAGUUAAGACGCUGUAAGACUGGCAUCGGCUC